ACCACACAACUACGGAUUUACGCGCGCGCAAUCCCACGCGCCGUCCGCGAGACGGUCGAGCUGCCGGAAGUUGUCCGUCAAUCUCAAAUAAUCGACGGCGUCGGGCGCGACCAGCCCCAGCAGGAACACGUCGGGCGCCGGGAGCAUCUUGCCCUCCGCGUCGCGGCCGCCCGCGGGCACGGCCUCCGGCGCGGCGUCGAAGGUCUCGGCAGGGGGGUGCGCCCAGAAGAACUGCUCGCGCGCCUUGUCCGACAGGUUGCCCCACUGCUGCUUGCGCAGGGCGGCGUCUUCCUCAAGUCCGUCGCCCCCGACGUAGGUAAUGUCGCCGGCGAAGCGAUACUGCUCCGACGACUGGCUGAACCACCAGCAGACCUCGACGCGCCGCGAUUCCUUGACCUUGGCGGACCGGUUAUCCGUGAUGAUCUUGAGGCGGCCGUCGGGCGCGAAGCCCCGAAACACGACCGUGCGGCAGCGGGGCGCGUUAUUGGCAUCGACGGUCGCGAGCUGCACGUAGUUGCCGCCCCUGAUCUUGCGCGACCGCGCGAUGGAGUCGGUGAUGCGCUCGCGCCACGGCACGACGCCGUCCAUCGCACUCAUGCUCACGGUUUGCACCCGCGUGGCGCGAUGGAGGGCCGUCGUCGCGCGGAAGGCCGCCAGCGUCGUCAGCCUUACGAACUGGCGCGUGAGGAUGCGGGGCAUCCGCUACGUCGCUGAGCAGUAUGCUGUGCAGUCUCACACUGCGGAGGGACGCAACACGCAAGUGCACCACCGCAGCAGUGGAGAGGAUGAACAAGUGCAGAGCGGUGCACGAAGCCGACUGCAACUGGCUCGCACCAACGCAGAGCAGCAAUUACACUACUUCGCAGUUCUCUUUUGCCGUGCAGUGCAGCGAUGCGCGAGCACUGGACGCCAGCUG